UCUACUCCAGAUCAUAACGAUCUUCACAGCUUAUUCUUUCACUCCAAAACUGCAGAAUCUUAGCUACAAAAAAGGCAAAUUUUGAUGUUGGCCCUCACAGUUUCUUCAUUAUUCCUAGCUGUUGGUGCCGUUUUCAUCUUCAAAUUCCUCAAAGCCGAUGGGGAUUUCACGUUGCUGUCCAAGGGAAAAGUGAAUCGUCAAGAAAUUGAGGAUAAGGUUAUUUGGAUAACUGGAGGUAGCCGCGGUAUUGGGGAAGUGCUUGCCAAACAGCUUGCAAGUUUGGGAGCAAAGCUUAUAAUCUCUGCAAGAAACGAAGCGGAACUAGAACGUGUCAAGAAGCAGUUGACUGGAAAGCACGCGCCAGAUGAGGUAGAAAUCCUACCUUUGGAUUUGAGUCGAGGGGAAGAACAUCUGGCAGAGGCAGUACAGAAAGCAGAAUUACUUUUUGGUGGUGUAGGCGUGGAUUACGUUUUCCACAAUGCAGCAUUUGAGCGCCCUAAAUCGCUGGCAUUAGAUGUGAGCGAAGAAACUCUAAAGGCGACAUUUGACGUCAAUGUUCUGGGGCCAAUAUCUCUUACACGACUCCUGUUGCCUCACAUGCUGAAACGGGGCAGGGGACAUUUUGUUGUGAUGAGCAGUGCUGCAGGAAAGACUCCUGCGCCUGGCCAAGCUGUCUAUUCGGCCUCCAAGUUUGCUGUGAAUGGCUAUUUUCACUCACUGAGAUCUGAGCUUUGUAGAAGAGGGAUCAGGGUAACUGUUGUUUGUCCAGGCCCUGUGAAGACCACUACUAGCGCUGGAACAAGUUCCUCUGAGAAGCGCGUGUCAUCUGAGAGGUGUGCAGAGCUCACAAUAAUUGCUGCAAGCCAUGAUCUGAAGGAAGCAUGGAUAUCAUAUCAGCCUGUUCUGGCUGUUAUGUACCUGGUCCAGUAUGCACCAACAGUUGGAUACUGGCUCAUGGAUAAGAUUGGGGAAAAACGCGUAGCAGCUGCCGCUGAGAAGGGGAACACUUACUCACUGGGCUUGCUUUUCGGGAAGAAGAAGGCAUCUUGAUAAUAGCAUGUCAAGCUUAAAUAUGAUGAGAGACAAGCUUCGGCUCAAACUUGGUUUGUUUAACAUACAUGGAGAUUCGGCUUGAGAGUAGUAGAUUUGUAAGAAACAUAUGAUUAUUUUGUUUAAGUGGAGUUGUUAUGAAGUAUUCCUCUUAGAGAUC